UUCCUUCUUUCAUUAUUGUUAGUAAAGCAUGGGAUUCUCAAAGGAAGAUGGGUUGCUUUCAAAAACUAUAUCCAUGGUUUUAUCCCUCUGUAGUAUCAUUUCCGGGUCAUUUAGGUUUCAAUCUCCCAUGCAAAUCCAAAAAGAAGGCACCGCUUAUAAACAUCUCCUGCUACCAGGUCUCAAAACCCUAAUAUAUGCACCAGGAACCCCCCCAACUCAAAGUCCAACUCACUCAAAUCCUCUCAUCAUCCAUUCCUACACAAUCCCACAGGCAGUGCAUUCUUUCCAAUCCUUGUUCCGAUCCUUAAGCACUCACUCUUCAUCAUACUCUUCUUGGUCCUCUGGGAUGGACGAUAUGCUUGGGACUGAAAGUGGAGUUUACAUGAGCCCUGACGAAUUGCAAAUGCCAGAGAUGGAGAGAGCAAAUGGGAAUCGUGAUUACAACCCGAAUAAGAGAAAGCAAGGGCUUGCAAUGAAAGGAGAAUAUCCGCCUGCGAUUCCUUUGCUAGCAAGAACAGGGAAUUUGCCAGGUCACAUGCCAUGGAUUUUAAGGAGACAUUACAGUAAUGGGAGGCUCAUUCUUAAAGAAGAGAAAGUGAAGCAUCAUGAAUAUUUUGAAGCAUACAGAGAAAAUGGUCGGCUUAUUCUCGAGCUUGUGUCUUUAGAUGAUACUUUUACAAGUUUUCAGGCGGUUUAUGACGAAAAAGAUGAGGAAGUAGAGCUAGAAAACGCUGAAUUUUUCGAAGGAGAGGAAUUAGAGAAGGUCAAAGAAUAUGAUGACGAAGAACCAGAAGCUGAUGGUGAUGAUGAAGAUAAUGGCUCCGUGUACGUACCAAGGUUCAAUAACGAUCUCAUCAGUUUUUCAGUGCCUGAAUUGUAUCAUGGGAAUGAAAGAUAUGGAGAUCCACGCAAGUGCUUGACGUAUUCGGGUAGGUUUAUAUCCGAAUUGAGUUCAAUAUUUUGCUCUGCUGGUGAGCAAGAAGGCAGUUCAGUUCCUUUGGUAUUCUGCAACACUAUGGCUCCCAUAACUACUAGUACUACUGCAUGUGAUGUAGCUUGUUUGGUUAAGUAGAUUAAAUUCUGGCUGUCAAGAGAUAGAAGCUAUCAAGCUAGUGUAACUCGACCGUCCUUUUAGUUUGUUCAGUUCAAUGUUGAUUACUUCUUAAGAAGCAGCACAAAUAUGGUUUUGUA